CGAGGAGGCGGGGAACCGGAGAACCAGAGAGAGGAGGCCCCGGCGGUACCGAGCACCGACACACCGACGAUCAACACGCCGACGACGACAGCAGCGAGGCCCGCAGAGUGACAGCGAGGAGGACGGACGGAUGGAUGGAGCGGGCCCAGACUCACUCAGGAGCCCCGUCUAAGAGCCCACACAUCAGAACCGGGUCACGGAUCAGAACCACACUGUCGUGGCGUGUCUCCUGGUGUGCCAGUGACGUCAUCAGUUCAGGACCUCCUAUUGGCCGUCAUCCUGUCUCUCUCCACCAGCCGGUUCAGGUCUUCAGCUGCAGCUCCAGGUCUUGAGUUGCAGUCGUCGUUGUUACGCGACGCGCCUGAACCAUCGGAGCGCUUUGAACCAACAGCUCUGAGUUGUGUAUCGAUGCUUUUUGGUGCUAACAACCCUGUAAACGAUCACAUUAGCAGGUUAGCUGGAGUGUGGCAGGAGCUUGUAGAGGCGCCACGGUUCAGACUCAUCACACGGCCUCAUGUAGUCGCUGUCAGACUAACCACACUGAGACUGUUCGGCUUCACCGUGAGAUCUUCCUCUGAAAAUGUAGACUAGUUUGGAGCUACUUGUAGUUAGCAGCUAACAGCUAGCACAGAAUAUCUAAAUAAAACACCCGCCUGCUUUACAAAUAAACUUCAGCUAGAGAACAAACCACCUGAAGAUGUAGCUGGCGUCUGUCCACAGUUGCGUGUUUGGCGGCUAACAGCUUGUUAGCUGCAAGUGGCUAGCGGUGCGCAGGUAGCGGUGGCGCGGGCCUAGGUCCAGGCAGAGCAGGGGUGUGAUGGAGUACCACUCCGGUGGCAGCCUGCCCCUGCUGGGGAGACCGCGGUACUGCCCUGGAGCCAACGCUAACGGAGGAUACCUGUGUGAGACGGGACACUGCUGCGGAGAGACCGGCUGCUGCACCUACUACUACGAACUCUGGUGGUUCUGGCUGCUGUGGACCGUCCUCAUCCUGUUCAGCUGCUGCUGUGCAUACCGACACCGUCGAGCCAAACUGAGAGUCCAGCAGCAGCAGAGACAGAGAGAGAUCAGCCUGCUGGCCUACCAUGGAGCCAACUCCUACCCGUCCUCCAUGCUGGACCUCAGUUUCCUGGCGUCUUUGAAGCUGCCAUCCUAUGAGGAGGUGGCGGCUCAGCCCUCCACCCCUCCUCCGCCCUACAGCUCAGUGUUUACCACCCCACGCUACCCACAGCCCCCCCGAGCUGCCGACCCCCACCUGCUUACCCAGCACGGCCCGCUGCUGCACCGGCCGCUCAGCGAUGGUCCAUCAUCCCUCAGCUCAGACAACAGCUCCAGUUGUUCCUGUGACUCCUGCUGCCCCUCUUCACCAUGUAGCUCCUCCCUAUCAGCACCUGUUACGUAUGAGACUGACACAAGCCACGCCACCACGCCCAGUGAGUCUGCUCCCCUCACCCUCGAUGUCACCAUGGAGACCAUCGCUGCCGCGGCAUCCCGUUUGGAGGUAAAUGGGGCACGUUUUGUUUCUGAGAGGAUGCUUGCCACAGUGGCCAUCGACAUCGGUGAUGAAGAUGCUGCCAGGGCACAGGAACCCAUUGCAACGGGCUCACUGGUUCCCAACCAGGCUGUUACUAGGGCGGUCUCCCCUCACCCUCUGCUCUCCCCUGGUUCUGAGGUGGUUCUUCCUGUUGUAACUACAUCUCCCGUAAAGCAACAGCUCGACCUAGCAUCUUGUGCCCCAAAAGUCAGCAGCUGUAGCCCAAGCACACUUCCCAGUCCUAGUCUUGUUGAUACAACCCUCCCUUCUAUCCAAGUAAUAAGGAUAGAAGGUCCAGUUGACAGCCCUGAGACUACUCCUGCCCUAAAAAUCACCUCAAUGUCAGGCCCGUCUACCCCAACUGCUAGCAAUUCUGAUAACCCUACAGCCACCAAAACCCUUGAUCUAACAAGAACUUUUGAUACAGUCAAUGUUCCAAGUAGCCCAACCUCAAUAUCAUCCCCAGAUGUUGGAAGAACUUUGGCCCUGACAACAGGCUCUGAUGGUCUCACAACGCUGUACUCUAAUCCUAGCCUUGUGCCAAUCCCAGCACCUUCAAACCACACCCAAGUUUUAGUCAUAGUACCUUCAAACCACACCCAAGCUUCAACCCCAGAACCUUCAAACCAUACCCAAGCUUCAAUCCAAGUAGCUACAAACCUUACCCAAUCUCCAGAUGCAGUUCCUACUAACCUUACUCAAGAUCCAGACAACAUUCCCUCAGACCUUACCCUAGUGCCGGACCCAGUAACUACAAACCUUACCCAAGAUGAAAAUGCAAUACCUAAAAACUUUACUCAAGAUCCAGAAAUAAUACCCACAAAACUUACCCAAACUCCUAACCAAGUACCUUCAAACUUUACCUUAGUGCCAAGCCCACAAUCUACAGCCACCAUAGUCCCAGACUGUGCACCUGACCCUGUUCUUACUCUAAAACCUGCACACCCGAUCCCUACCUUAGCCACAGAUGCAGCACCCACUUCACCGACAGUACCACAUUGCCAUAUCCCAGAACUUUCGCCAGGAUCAGGUCUGGGUCCAACCAGUCCACAGUCAAGCUUGACCCAACACCCAGGGGAUACUGCAUUACCAGCCAAUUCAGGUCCUUCUCUGGUCGUGUCUCAAUCAUCAGAGUUUAACCUUACCAGUCCCUUACCAUCAAAUGUCCAUGCUGGUUUUAUUUCUGGUUCUGGUUAUGAAUCAUGCGCCAGUGUUGGUUCUAUAUCAGCUACACUGUCCACCCCUCCCCCAGUGCUCACUUUCCCAACACCUACAACCUCCUCUUCCUCUUCCUUCUGCCCAGCCAUUACCAUAGAGUCUGAAUCUCCCUUCACUCUUUCCCAGUCGCCUUCUGCCCUCUCACCCGCAUCCAUUUCCUCUCCUCCAUCCAUUCUUUCCCCUCCAGUCCUGUCUUCUAUUUCCCUCCCAGCCCCAGCUCUACUCCUUGACCCUCUCACUGCUCUGCACCAGUCCAACAAAGGUGGAUCUUCCUCUGGCCAUGCUUCCUCUCUCUCCCCCUCGCCUCGUGCGACUCAGUCCCCCCCUAAACAGACUCUCUUCUCCCCCUGCGUGGAUAUUUUUGAGCCAGUACCUCCCAGCUGGGAGGAUGGUGAGGACGAGCAGGAGGAGGAGGAUAAUGAUGACGAUGAAGAUGAAGACAUGGGAGCUGAUGAGAGCCAGUAUAGACAUCGACGACUUACCGGUGACUCUGGGAUUGAGGUGUGCAGGUGCCGGGUGGAGGAUGAGGAGGAAGAGCAGGAAGAAGAGGAGGAAGGGGACAGGAAGGAGGAUAAGAAAGGAGGUGUAAACACUGGCCUUCAUGACAGCAUGGACUGCCCUGCCAGAGGUCAGAUAACCACAGGGGAGGCUCUUACUCUCUGUAACCCCACCUCCACCACUACACCAACACCUGAGGACAGUGGCAAAGUGAUCAUAGUCAUGGAGACAGUGUGAUUGACAGAAUGUAGUGGAUCAAACCAUUAUUACUAAGACAAGGGGUGAAAAGUAAGUUGAUGAUGGCAUCCACCUUUAAAACUGUUUUCUGAGAUUGCUCUUUAACCGGGGAGGAUUUGUACACAGAUGAUUGUGACUAUAGAUGAUUUAUGUCACAUUUGUUUAACGUGUUCAGCAUCUGAUAGUCAGACCAGCAUAAGAUAAUAGACAUUUAAUAGGAUGAGAUUAGACAGGAAUCAUGAGCUCAUUGCAACAUCGUCUCUAUACCUGUCAGUUGGAAUUUUAGGCAACCGGGUUUAGAAGUUUCUGCUUGGUGUGUGAACUGGUGUUUUUUAAGAGAGAUGUUUCCUCCGAUUGCAUCCACGGUUGAUCAAAUUGAAUAACCGCUGCACGACAGAACUUUUGUCAGUUUGUUAGGACAUCUGCUUCCCAUUUAAAUCCCAACUGAAGUCUAACAGUUUACACAAAGAAUGCAAUCUACCAUUAUGUCUCACUAGGGAGUUGUAACUUGUUGUAAUGUGUCUCUGGAUCCAUGCAGUAAUGUUGUCAGUCAGAGUGAAUCAUCUAACAAGGUACAUUUGUUUGCGAAAGUUGACGUGACACUGUCAACUGUAUAACUUUUUGCUUGAGUUUUCAAAAUAAUGUGAAAUGGUGCCUCAGUCAAGAAAUCUUUGCCGCUGCUGCUUCAAUUUUGGACAUUCUCGUGUCUUUAAAUUUGGCAGGACUCUUUGAAACUUGCAUUUUUUAAUUUCUAUCUUACCUUGCUAUUAGAAUUAGUAUAAAGUAGAACGAAAGUAUAAAGUAGAAAAAGUUGGUUGAAUUUGUAAAUUGGGGAUCGUCUUCAGAAUACUGUCAUCUGAAUGCAAAACUUUUAUAAAUUGCAAAGGAAAACUAUUUUGAUUUUAACGAGACUGUUAUCAUGUUAAAGUUGCCUUAUUUAGCCAUAUAAUAGAUGCAAAUAGUCGCUUCCACUUGCUACCGUCCAAACAACAAAACAAAAAUGCAUCACAUCAACUUGAACACUGUUGAAGGUAAUUCAGCAUUAAUUCAAUGGAUAUGAUGCUGUAUGUCCCUCCACAGUCCAUCCACGCAACCAACCAUCUUGAGUGAUGACGCUAACCCUCAUAAACAUAGGAAUCUUCCCCUGUCCGUCACUACAACGCCCCUGACAUUUUCACCAACAACAGAACAACAACUUUAAAUAGUUGAACAUUUAGCUGAAGACACCUCGGUCGUCCUGGGUGAUGACGAAGAUUUGGAAACGUGCCGGGGACAAAUUGGCUGUUUUGGAGAUGAAGAGAGACUAAUGUGGGAGGAUGAUUCACUCUGACUGACAGAGGCAAGACUGAUUCAUUCAUUAGUGGGGACAUUUUGAUGAAGAAGUCUGUCAGGAGAGCGGAAUAAGGUGGGUUGUCUAUGAAAUGGGAGAGACAGUUUUUCAGGUUUGAUGUCUUCAUGGCAACUCGAUCCUGUAUGGACGGUGUCAGUGUUGAUGGAUCAGUCGGUUUUCUGUGCGUCAGCCUUUCAACAGAAAAAACAGCUUUUGCAUAAACAGAAAUAAACAAUGGGCACUUUUAGAUGGAAACAAAGCAGCAAACAGAACAGAGACGGGAAGACGUCAUCAUUCCCUUCUUUGACUCUUUCUCUCAAUUUGAGGUCAGAUACAACAAUACGUCGUAGACACCACACAAUUACCAUUCAGUCCCCGUCCGAACUCUGAAACGUUUCCUUUCACACACUGCAUUUUGCCCUUUGUUUUAUUUUAUCAUUCAGAACUUAAGAAUUGACGGAUUUAUUUACUUCAGUCGCAUAAAAGUCACUGAGCAAGACGAGAUAUUUCCUGUUUAAGAAUCAGAGAGUAAGUUACUUAAGUUUAUUUUGAGGUUGACAGUGUAUCGGUGUUGUGUAUACUGUCAGAUUGAUAGACAGCCUUGAAAAUUGAUAUUUCGUGACAGAAAGACACAAAGGUAGAGUAUAUUUUGUCAACGAUAAAUCCAUGCUGGUGGAUUUCAAAUCAAUUUAAAAUCUGACACUAGUGAGGAGCAAUAUUUUUCAUCAGCAAAAGUCUGUGUGUAAAUACCCCCCCCCCAAUACAAAGUAAUGCAUUGUUGUUGUUGGAUACAAAUCUAGUUACUCCAGUUAAGGUGGCGCUGUGACAUGAUUUAAUUUUGACUGUGCUGGUUCUGGCAAUUUCUGCGCACUUUCGACUGAUGAAAGUCUUUCUGGACAAACUCAAAAUGCAUCAGCAGGGGUUUUUCUUGACGGAGAUGUGACAUUUUUACCCAACAACAACAGUGAUUGUAAGUUCUGGUGCAGUGCUGAAGAGACGAGUCAUUUCCAGCACACUACACAGGGGUUUGCCAUUACACAUUUGCAAUACUUGGAGUGUGUCAGUGGAGAAACAUGUCGAAGAGAACUCGUCAUUGAGAAGUUAGUGUCUUGUUCAAACAAGUUAAUAUCUUUUUCGACAAGUUAAUAUCAUGAUUGACCAAAGAACUGAUUGAAAAACUGGUUGCAAUGUCUUUCACCUGCUCCCACGAGAAACAUUAGAAAGUCUCACAAAUGUGUGAUUCCAGAGUGUGUUGGAAAAGACAACAGAGAGUAAAGUCUGACCUUUAACUGAUGAGAUGGGGACGGUGCGGUUACAUCAGGUUGUACCAGAACCAGAACUCGUUUAGGUGGAAAUGUUCAAAUGUGAUAUUUUAAAGACACAGGAGUUUGAGGCAAUAUUAUGUUGGAGGGAAGCGAUGCUUUCAGCAGAGAACUGGUCAUCUGUCACAAACAUCAUCAACUCAGCCUUCUCCAAUGGACAGACCCUGAGACUGGUUGACUGAUCCUUAAACCCUGUGUCCAUGCUGCAUUACAACACGGACUUCAUAUACUUCACUACCCAUUUGUUUCGAAGAACGAUGGGUAUAACUUUGCGGACAAAGGUGUCCUUGUGGAUAUCCAUGAUGGACAAAGCUAUGUUGGACCUCAUCACAACAAAAGCAAUGUCCUGCCACGGAAAGGACGUGAAGCUUGACUGCAGAGGCAGCAACAGAGCGGACAGUUUCUAUGUCAAAAUCAGACUGACAGCUGGAUGUUUGGAAACCACGUGGACAAGAUUGGAUUCACAUGUGGAUGGAUACAAAUGAUCCGAUCUUCUGUUUUUUUUUAAACCUCUGUGGAUAAAUUCACAGAUAAAGGAAUCUGGUUUUGAGCAGAUGUGGAAGCAGAUCCUUCGGAGGCGUCUUUGAUUUGUCUCACAACGAAGUGUGUUUGAACAAACCCAGGCCAGAUUUGCGCCUCUGGACUGAGGCUUGUAGAGGCUGAAGGACCUCCUCGAGAAAGCUCAAGGGUGAUACCAAGCUGUUGAUGUUGUGGUUGAUGGUGUUUUUUGUUUACCUGAACUAAUAAGGUUAUAUAUCUCCAUGGUUACAGAGUGCCAUUUCUACUUGACAACUGUUACUACUUAGCAUUAGAUAGAGCUGUUCUCGCUCUGUGUGUGCGGUGUGUGUGUGGACUUUCAACCAGAACGACUGGAAAAAUUGUUGUCUAAAAUGUGUGUGUAGCUCAGGCUCCCAAAGGCUCUGCAGCUCUGAGGUCAGCCUUGUGAAGGGAAACAGCUGGUUUGAGUGUGACAUUUACCUUUUUAAUCGAGGACUUUAUCCACAUUUACCUCACAGAACCAGGAGAGUGUUGAGACUGUUGAAGGGUCGACAUGGAUGGUGUAGAGUUUUGAAGUGAAGCCAGUAUGAAAACACUUGUUAUCGGAGAAAGAACUAAUGGAAUCUUUACGUUGAUUUGAUAUUUUGGUGGACAAAGUUAGUAUCCUGUUUAACAAGACAGUCUUUUGCGCGACAAGUUCAUGUCUUUUUCAGCAAGUUAGUAUCUUGUUUGACCAGUUAUCCAAUCAUUCAAGGAUGGUUAUAAUGAGUACAGCAAGGCACCAGCGCUGGCGGAGUUGAGGGUUCAAUUCCAGGAACUCCGGAUGUCGGUACUCCUGGUGCUGUGAGGGGUUCUGGAGGUAAAGUCUUCAGCCCAGCGAUUGAUAAAAGCUUGGACGAGCUCCCUGAACAUGAGGCUGACAUCAGGGCUUGUGUCUCGUUUGGAAACCCUGUCUUUAUCUCUUUUUGUUGAAAAAUCUGUUGAGUUAACCAGAGCAAGAUUUUCAUCAAAUUUCUGUGGACGAACGCAUUAAGAAAAAAAAAAAGA